AUGGCGAUCUUUGCCCAGCGGAUGGGCGGUGCUUCCUGGUCCGCCGGGCUGGUCGGGUCGCGGUGCCGGUCCCGGUUCGCGGAGGUGAUGGCGACCCCAGGCGACGCCGGCGGGGCUGGAGCGGGGCCGGGAUCCGGGCCGCCGCCGCCCGGGGACCUGCGCAGCGUGCUGAUCACCAGCGUGCUGAACCUGGAGCGGCUGGAGGUCGACCUCUUCAGGGGCCAGCACCACUGGGUGCCCGCCACGCAGCACCUGUUCGGCGGGCAGAUCGUGGGGCAGGCGCUGGUGGCGGCGGCCCACGCCGUGAGCCGCGACGAGCAGGUGCACUCGCUGCACUGCUACUUCGUGCGGACAGGGGACCCCAAGGUGCCGGUGCUGUACGAGGUGGAGCGGACCCGCACAGGGAAGAGUUUCUCUGUUCGCUCUGUAAAGGCCAUCCAGCAUGGAAAGCCCAUCUUCACCUGCCAGGCCUCCUUCCAGCUCUCGCAGGGAAGCCCAGUGCAGCACCAGUUCACCAUGCCAACCGUGCCACCCCCCGAGGAGCUGCUGACACAGGAGGAGCUCAUCCAGAAGUUCCUGCAGAAUCCUAAUGUGGCUGAGGGAUACAGGAAGCGUCUCACCAAGAUCCAAGCUCAAGAUGUGCCGAUUGACAUUAAACCCGUGAACCCACCAGAUAUAUUCAGCUCAGAGUCACAGGAGCCAAAGCAGCUCUUCUGGGUGCGAGCACGAGGCUACAUAGGAGAGACUGACAUGAAGGUGCACUGCUGUGUGGCUGCCUACAUCUCUGACUACGCCUUCCUGGGCACGGCACUGCUCCCGCACCGGCAGUACCGCGUCAAGUUCAUGGUGUCCCUUGACCAUUCCAUGUGGUUCCAUGCACCCUUCAGAGCUGACCACUGGAUGCUGUACGAGUGUGAGAGCCCCUGGGCUGGUGGGUGCCGGGGCUUGGUGCAGGGACGGCUGUGGCGCAGGGAUGGGGUCCUGGCUGUCACCUGUGCACAGGAAGGUGUCAUCAGGGUGGAACAGACACCAACCCAGAGCAAGCUCUAGCUGAGGAGACCCUAUAGACUGGAGCUCAAGUAUGCUGAGGGAGGGACCCUGAGAUCAAGGCAGGACCUGGACAGGAACAGGAAGGAGACCAGGUGGGACCAAGCACUGCAGGAAGUCCCGGUGCCAGAGGUGUCUGUGACAGACUGUGUCCAACAGAGCAUCGUUGCAACCAGCUGCUGGCUGCACAGCAUGUAAGCACAUGCUGCCAUCAGCUGUCCUUCACCCACCUUAAAAUAAAGCUGUUGGGUGAAGAGCUGGA